AUGGCUUUGGCUGCCGGUUCUUAUAAGCGCAUUUUGGGGAUUUUGGAAAAGUGGCCAAUCGAUCCAACCAAGGCAGGGGGCAGGGACUACUGUGAGCAUCUACUUAAGCACGUGACGCAGGCCUACAAGGACAACACCUUCGAAGCCAACUACAAGUACUGGGACCAGCAAUACGUGGCUCUUCAGAAGUUGGUGAACAAUUCCAACAAAAAUAAAUUUCCAAGAUUGUUGAGUUCUUCAGCAACCACUCUCACUGCUGAGCAGUGCCAUCAAGUGCUGUCGAAUGAGGUAAUGGAAGAGCUGAGGAACGAAGACAAGCGCUCGUUCUUGAAGAAGCUCAUUUCCCUCAGAUCUAGCAAAAAGUAG